AUGCUCACGAGCGAAACAAACCUGCAUUCUCCCGAGGUGGUAUACGACCGUCUCAUCUCCCUGGAGAGUGCUGGUGCCAUUGACAACGUAUACAGCCUCGUCUUCGAGCGUAUAGAACCCGAGUACCAAGGUGCCAUGUGUGAAAUGCUGGCACUGCUCCUUGCUGCGUUUGAACCGCUCACUGUUGACGACCUGGACGAUAUCCUGAAGCAGGCAAAACUACACGGAAGUGCCAAAGCGUUGUUCAACAUAUGUCGACUGGAGUCAUCUUUCUACCUCAAUAAGCAGAUCCCAGAUCUUGAUAUCAGAAUAUCAAAAUAUAUUCCGAGAAGACUUCGAUAUGCCAGCUCGCAUUGGUUGUUCCAUGUGUCAGGAAUGGACAACAAGAGGCCGUGCCCGCUGGAGAACGAUGUUGGGUACAUUCUUCGAAGUCCACUAGUGCUAUAUUGGAUGGAGGUUCUUAGCUUCACGAGAAGCGUGCCACGAGCAAUCGACGGUCUGCGCGCGCUCUCAGAUAACAUGGCACUCGGAGAAGAGAUAAGAUGGCGGAUCAAUGACACCCUAAGGUGUUUGAUAGCGUUUUUGGUGCCAAUUCAGGAGAGCGCUCCACAUAUUUACAUCUCAGCGCUUCCGUUUAUGCCCAAAAAGUCUAUUCUACGGAUUGAAGGUCUAAAAAAGUAUAGUGAGACGUUGAGGGUGACUCAAGGCCUCGAGGAGGUGUAUCCUGGGCUGCCUGACAGUUUGCGAGGCCACAGUGACUCGGUCUUGGCCGUCGCAUUCUCGCCAGACGGCUCACGAAUCGUCUCUGGCUCGACGACCAGACAAUUCGACUUUGGGACGCAAAGACUGGUGAGCCGCCACUGGGUCAACGCCGUCGCAUUCUCGCCAGACGGCUCACGAAUCGUCUCUGGCUCGAGGGACCAGACAAUUCGACUUUGGGACGCAAAGACUGGUGAGCCGCACUCGGUCACCGCCGUCGCAUUCUCGCCAGACGGCUCACGAAUCGUCUCUGGCUCUUUGGACCAGACAAUUCGACUUUGGGACGCAAAGACUGCGGCUGGUCAACGCCGUCGCAUUCUCGCCAGACGGCUCACGAAUCGUCUCUGGCUCGACGACCAGACAAUUCGACUUUGGGACGCAAAGACUGGUGAGCCGGUAGGAGACCCACUCCGAGGCCACAGCGACUCGGUCAACGCCGUCGCAUUCUCGCCAGACGGCUCACGAAUCGUCUCUGGCUCUUGGGACCAGACAAUUCGACUUUGGGACGCAAAGACUGCACUCGGUCAACGCCGUCGCAUUCUCGCCAGACGGCUCACGAAUCGUCUCUGGCUCUGGGACCAGACAAUUCGACUUUGGGACGCAAAGACUGGUGAGCCGGUAGGAGACCCACUCCGAGGCCACAGCAGCUCGGUCACCGCCGUCGCAUUCUCGCCAGACGGCUCACGAAUCGUCUCUGGCUCUUUGGACCAGACAAUUCGACUUUGGGACGCAAAGACUGGUGAGCCGGUAGGAGACCCACUCCGAGGCCACAGCCACUCGGACCAGACAAUUCGACUUUGGGACGCAAAGACUGGUGAGCCGGUAGGAGACCCACUCCGAGGCCACAGCAACUCGGUCAACGCCGUCGCAUUCUCGCCAGACGGCUCACGAAUCGUCUCUGGCUCUUGGGACCAGACAAUUCGACUUUGGGACGCAAAGACUGGUGAGCCGGUAGGAGACCCACUCCGAGGCCACAGCAGCUGGGUCAACGCCGUCGCAUUCUCGCCAGACGGCUCACGAAUCGUCUCUGGCUCGAGCGACCAGACAAUUCGACUUUGGGACGCAAAGACUGGUGAGCCGGUAGGAGACCCACUCCGAGGCCACAGCAGCUCGGUCUUGGCCGUCGCAUUCUCGCCAGACGGCUCACGAAUCGUCUCUGGCUCUGACGACCAGACAAUUCGACUUUGGGACGCAAAGACUGCGACUCGGGUCAACGCCGUCGCAUUCUCGCCAGACGGCUCACGAAUCGUCUCUGGCUCUUUGGACCAGACAAUUCGACUUUGGGACGCAAAGACUGGUGAGCCGGUAGGAGACCCACUCCGAGGCCACAGCCACUCGGUCAACGCCGUCGCAUUCUCGCCAGACGGCUCACGAAUCGUCUCUGGCUCGAGGACGAGACAAUUCGACUUUGGGACGCAAAGACUGGUGAGCCGCAGCUCGGUCACCGCCGUCGCAUUCUCGCCAGACGGCUCACGAAUCGUCUCUGGCUCUGGGACCAGACAAUUCGACUUUGGGACGCAAAGACUGCGAUCGGUCACCGCCGUCGCUAUCUCUCAAAGCGACUCACAAUUAGUCUCUGGUUCUCAAGACAACACCAUUCGCCUUUGGGAUACGGAUAUUGUUCUGCCGUCGAAUCAUUUAUUCCAACAUCGUGUCGACCAGGACAAUGCUACGGCGUCUUUGCCGGAGAAUUUAGCAAUCAUAUCUGGCUCCACGAGUGACAUGGGUCCAGUCUCUCGAGACGCAUUUGGUCGGUAUAGUGGUGAAGACAGCCGCUCUCAAGAGACAGAGGGAACCCCCCAACCCUCUGAUAUCCCCCAGGAAAUGGACGGGAUUCCUUUAAACACUCUUAUUCCUGGCUUCAAUCAGUGCUCACUUGUGCACGAUGGCUGGGUUCAAUCUUCUGGUAGAUUUCUCUUCUGGGUGCCACCAAACAAUCGACAUGGACUACAAUAUCCGCAAUCCCUUCUAACCAUGCCGAAGGCGAGUUCUCUUCGUGUAACCAAACUCGAUUUCAGUCAUUUUCAAUGUGGUCCCUCUUGGGCCAAAGUUCGAACAACUGCCACUGGCGAAUUAUUGUAA